GUCAUUACCUGGCUAUCUUCCGCUUUCGUAGGGAAGUCAAACGCACUUUUUGUUUGUCUGGUAAAAGAAAGAGCGCUUGAGUUUCCUAAAGCUUCCUCACAGCCUCUUCUCAAAAAUAUAUUUCGUAGCCGCACAUCAACACCUAAUAAUAAUAAUUAUCGCAAUCGAAUACUCGAUAUCAUUUCUGUUCUUUGCUUAGCGGCUUUUCCUCUGUGAUGAGCGACUUACGUUUGCCAUUUCUUACGCGUUAGACAGCACAGCAAGCCCACUAUUCACUUAACAGCACUCCGAGUUUCUAAUCGAUUUGUUAUUAUUAUUUCUUUUCCAUACGCUCUUCUGGCGUUUUUGCCCUAAACUCUUGCGUCAUCUUUAUGGUAGGUCUUGUACUUGAUAGUUUUGUUUCACGUCUAUCCACGAACACUUUGCUGGCAACCGCCACGUGCAUCUGAGGCGGCCUCCCGCUUCUCUUUCUACUUUGUUUUUCCGUUAUUUUUUUUUUUCUAAUUGAUUGAGGGGAGGACCUAGAAGCCGUUAAAAGAGAAGCAAAAGGAGCGCCGAUUUUUUCAGAACUUCAUCUUGGCGUUCUGCUCAUCCUGCGUGUGCGUGUUUUCUUUGUUGGAGCACCGAUGCGACAGCACAACCACGGCAGCGACAUGGCCUCCAGAAGUUCACGAGAGUCCCUCAAGCGGCGGCGUGAAGGGUAUCAGCUCUCCCUGCACCAGUACGCGGAACUCAAGCGACACCGCACGAGUUGCACAGAGGAGUCGCACCCGACGGAAGAGCUACAAGCAACGAAUGCCAACUUCGCGCAGCAACACGAUGACGAUAGGCAAACACUGCGCGAUGCACCCUCUCUAGUUGUCUUAGCGACAGAUCAAGGCUCAGCCGCCCUCGCAUCCCGAACGAGCAACACCUUUAUGCACACCAAGAAUAAUGGCUUCCCCGUAGGCACAGCUAAUACGGUUCCACCGGCGUUGCAAACCAGCGGUGAAGUGGAUCCCUAUCGCCACCAUGCAGCAAGAACUUCUCAUGAACUCUCGCUGCAACUUCGACCUAUUCGCAUCGAAGUCGUGCGCGGCGACAGCGGCCGUCGCUGCUCCUUCUAUCUUCAGUCCUCGUUUCUGUACUCGUGGCACCGCGGCAACCACUUCUACCACAGCCUGGACGGGGAGCAGAUGGGACUGGAGCUGCACGAGACAGUGCUCUGUCUGGUGUCGGCCGUGCUCGCCCGACAGCCGCACGAUCACGCGUUUCCUUUUCCCGUCUCUUCUCCCUUGUGGCCGCUGCAAAACCCCACAACAGGGGCCUUGAUGUGCUACUCGGAUAGGUUGGAUUCGCCCGGUGGCGACGAUUACCAGAAGCGCGCACACCUCCACAACGAAGAGGCAGCAUCACCACCCAACACCCCUCUCCUCUUCUCUCCUCGAUACGCGUACGAAGCGGCACAAGUGUCACGGCGACGAUCACCCCCCACGUCCCCUGGCGCGCCAUCCAGCGAUAUCGUCUCGCAUCUUGGCAGCUGCAGCCCGGCCCUCUUCGUGGAUUGUCUGUUGAAGUGUGUGCACGAUGAGGCUGCCCUGCCCGACGAUCACGGCUGGGUGUACCUGUACCAUGGGCGUCACAUCGCCACCGACGUUGGCCGCACGCGUCUGCUCCACGAUCUUUUUGCACUGGGGUACUUCCCUCACAACGCGUCAGAGAAUGGCGUGCAGUCAGCCCUAUCGGUGUGCGUGUUUCACAGGUACUAG